AUGGCGUCCUCGCAGGGGGAGUCGGUGCCCCCGUGGCUCAAGUCCCUCCCUCUGGCGCCCGAGUUCCGCCCCACCGCUGCCGAGUUCGCCGACCCCAUCGCCUACCUCCUCAAGAUCGAGCCCGCCGCGGCGCCCUUCGGCAUCUGCAAGAUCGUGCCACCGCUCCCGCCGCCGCCCAAGCGGACCACGCUCGGUAACCUCUCCCGCUCCUUCGCCGCGCUCCACCCGGACGAUCCCACCCCGACAUUCCCCACCCGGCACCAGCAGCUUGGCCUCUGCCCGCGCCGCCCGCGGCCCGCGCUCAAGCCCGUGUGGCUCUCCUCCCACCGCUACACGCUCCCCAAGUUCGAGGCCAAGGCCGGCGCCUCCCGGAAGGCGCUGCUCGCGCGCCACAGCGUCCCCGCCUCCAAGCAGCUCUCGCCGCUCGACGUCGAGGCGCUCUUCUGGCGCUCAUCGGCCGACCGCCCCGUCGUCGUGGAGUACGCCAGCGACAUGCCUGGCUCCGGGUUCGCCCCCUGCGCUGCCCGCCCGACGCAGCUGCCCGCGGCGAACGUGGGCGAGACGGCGUGGAACAUGCGCGGUGUCGCCAGGAGCCCCGCCUCUCUGCUGCGCUUCGUGCGGGAGGAGGUGCCCGGGGUCACGUCGCCGAUGCUCUACGUCGGCAUGAUGUUCAGUUGGUUCGCCUGGCAUGUUGAGGACCACGACCUGCACAGCCUCAACUACAUGCAUUACGGGGCUCCCAAGACGUGGUACGGGGUGCCGCGCGACGCUGCGCUCGCCUUCGAGGAGGUGGUGCGCGUCCAUGGAUAUGGCGGGGAGGUGAACUCCUUAGGUGAGGCACCCGCAUUGCAUCGUUUUCUCUGUUCUCUGCUAUUGUAA